GUUUGUUAUCAGAGGCGUUUCGAAUGCCUUAUUUGCGCUUCCUUGAUUCGCACUUACUAUUACUCUUUUUUGACCAACUGAUUGCAACAAAAGUUAUCUAAAUUUUUCGUUUGAAAACAAAAUUCUGCAAUGAUGCCUAAUAUAUUAUAGUAAACUGAAUCGUCAUCAUUUAUCUGACUAAAUCACACAACAACUUAAAGAUGAUUUUCUGAGUACAACCAUCACAAUUUUAACAUAAUGAAUCUCUCUCUUGUCCUUUUUGCCUGUCUAAUUUUAUUCAUUGAACGUCAGUACCUAGUCACUGCACAAAGCAAUGGUGACGAUAGUUCAAGUCCAUUUCGUUGGUUUAAACCAGACAAUUUUGAUAUCAUUUCACGUAAAAUGGAUCAAGCCAAUCCAAAUAAUUGUGAAACAAUGUCUGAAGCUGAUUUACGCUUACCACCAACGUCACUUAGCCAGAUACCACAAUAUAAUGAAAUCCCAAUGAGACAGUGGUUUACAAAUCGCUCAAAACUGCUACAUCUACACAAUUUAGCAUUAAAUCGUGCAUUUUUCUAUAGUUAUAUUUUGCAGAGACUAGAUCACCCAACCAGAGAUCCCCAGUAUUUACCAUCACUAAUGUAUUAUUAUCUGUCCUCAUCAGCUGAUAUAUCUUCAGGUCCCAAUGUCAUAAAUAUAAGUGGUGUAUUUAUGGAUACGAACACAACGUACGCAAAUUGGUAUGAACUCAAAGAUAUUAACAAGACGUUACCAUUAUUUGCACCAUUAGCCAGACGGUUAGAUAACUGGAAUGAUGAAAUGAAUUUUUUGAGAAUACCAACUAAUGCUACAAUUGAAAUAACUGAUCUUGGAGCUGGCCCAAAUAAUAAUUAUACAGCAUCAUGGUAUAAAAAUAACCCAUAUAUACGUGAUCGUGAAAUGGGUAUAGACUUUAUUCCUGAUAGACGUGGUACAGCACCUAGUAAAAACCAAUACACUACAAAAAUCCAGCUUGCAACUAUAAGCGGUGAUCCAAUAGAAAAGUUGGAGAAUACCAAAUUCUAUGGUCCAAAUGCACCAGGUGUUAAAGAAACUUUUUUACCUGUUCGAUUUACUCGUCCUUAUUAUGAUUGUGGGGGGACAAAUCGAUGGAUUGUAAGUUCCGUUGCAGCACUGACAGAUUUUAUGCCACGUUAUUCAAAUAUUACCAGACUGCGAGGACCAAGAAUGAUUGGUGUUGUCGUACAAAGUAUGGACUUUUAUCGAAUUGAUUUUAAUCCUUGCCCUCCAGGAUUGGGAAAUCCAAAUCAUUAUUUAGCUGGAAUCGCUCGAUGCAAACCAACAACUUUGUGUGUACCUCUUCCAGGUUUUGGUUUUAAACGUGGUGGUUAUCAAUGUGUUUGUCAACCAGGACAUCGUUUACCAUAUGAACAAAAUGGACCAUUUCGUGGUGUUGAUAUUGAAGCAGCAACUGAAGAAGAAUAUCGUAAUAAUUUUGAUUGUAUUCCAGUUGGUUGGCGUGAAGUUAUACCUGAAGAAACUGGUAUGAAAAAUAAUUUAGAAAGAUUUCGUCGUUCAAUAGGUGAACAAACAAGUACAUUAUGGAAUAGAUUAAAAGAUCCAUCGGCUCAUUUAUUGAACAUGAUAUUAACGACAUUUGGAUCAUUCAAGCAGAAUAUCUUUCCAACACCACCAAAAUUAGAAGAAUCAUUAUUAAUCAAUGAAAUAUCAGAUAAACCAUUGAAAACAACUAAUUUAGAUGACCAACCGUUAGAUCGUCUUGUUCCUGGAUAUCGAUCAGUCUCACAUUUGCUACCAUUGGAACAAAACGAUUUUAAUUUAACGUAUACAGAAGAUGUUUAUGAAGAUGGAUUUUUCAAUAAUGAUACUUAUAUACUUAUCAAUAAACCAACUAAUAUAGAUGGUAAGGAUCAGUCAAAUAACAUCAAGAAACGUGUACGACGAAAUGUUGAUACACCAUUUUAUACAGUUGGAGUUGGUACGGUAUUUGAUGCAGACAGGUAUUUUGAAGUUCAACGUUUAAUUGCACAUGUACGCAAAGUGACUAGUCAAAAUUGUCAUCUAAUGACAGCGGAUCAAUUGAUUUUACCAGGAGAAGUUAGUUAUGGUGUUGAGAAACAAUUUGAAAUGGUUGGACGAACAGCUCUACGUUUAUCACAUUUUCUAAGUGCUUAUUAUCAAAAUAAUGUUGUUGGUGAACUUUACGGAAGUUUAAAAACUGGUUUUCCAAUUAAUCGUUUUCAAUUAUUUGGUGAAGUUUUUGCCAAUGUUUUAUCAAAUUUUGAUAUUGUAUCAAGUGGAAUAUUUUUCGAUUAUCAAAUGUUUACUGAUCAUGAUGGUACAACAUGGGAUCUAUUUGCUCCAUAUGCGUAUAAACCACUCUUGGCAACCCAAGCAGCUGAAGCAAUUGAUAUGAGUAUAAAUGCCUAUCGAGACUAUACAGAAAAACCAUGGUUUCGAAUAUUGAAGUCAAGAUGGGCAUCAAGCCGUCAGAGCUUAGAGCGAAUUACAGCGAAACCAUAUAUAAGGAGUGAUGUGAAUGGUAGUCAAAUACAGCGUUAUUUCACAUUUCCCAUCUACUAUCGUGUACCACAUUAUGAAGAAGGUUAUUGGACACAACCAUAUUUCGAUUGUGAUGGUUUGGUAAAAGAUUGGCUUAUUACAUAUGCAACACCAUUUUUCGGUGUCGUCGGUGAAGAAAAAGCUUUAAGAUUUAUGGGUGUUGUAACUGCUUCUAUAAAGCUAACAUCAUUGGAUAUAAAUCAAUGUCCUCAGUCGUUUUAUACACCGAAUUUCUUUAAAAAUACAGCAAGAUGUGAUUUCCGAAGCACAUAUUGCAAAUUAAUACCAAGACAUUAUUUCACAUCUGGUAGUUAUAAAUGUGAAUGCCGCCAAGGUUUCGAAUAUCCAAUGAACGAUCGUACUUGGUAUUUUCAUGGCGAAAUGAUGGAACGUGAAUAUCAAUUAAUGUUGGCUGGUAAACCGAAUCGUUAUGAAUUAUUACGAUGUCGUCAAGGUGUCGCAAGUGGAUUAUCUAGUUCAUCAGUUGUAAUACUUGUAUUGGUUAACUUUAUAGUGAUUUAUUUGCAUUCAUUAUGACUAGACAAUCUUGAAGUGUUUUUUCUUAAAUGAUAAUAAUAACAAUACAGUAACUUAAUAGCAUGUAAUUUUUAUUUUCUGAAAUAUUUUGUAAAUAAAAUGUUUACUACUUA